AUGAGUGUGACGUCGACAGUUAAUGAUAAUCUUGAGGAAAUUUAUGUUUGGAUCGAGCAAAUGACAUUUUCAAAACCAAAGAAAAAUCUUUCUCGAGAUUUCUCUGACGGUGUUUUUAUGGCGGAAUUGUUAAAAAAAUAUUAUCCUAGACACGUUGACAUACACAAUUAUAUACCUGGAAAUAGCAUUGCGAAAAAGGUGGAAAAUUGGUGUACUCUGAAUCGUAAGGUUUUGUCCAAACUUAAUAUAAAGCUGAAGAAAGAUGUGAUUAACCAAUUAGCUAAUUCACAACCGGGCAUUAUCGAACAAGUUUUGAGUGCUUUACGAGAAAAAAUAUUAAGAGAUUGUAACGCAGAUAGAGCUGAUUUAUACUCUGAAUUUGAGGAUACUGAAAAAGGAGAGAUUGUUAAGUCUGUACUUGAUGACGAGGAAGUAGCGAAUAAAACUGUACCACGACAUGUAUUUGUUCGACUGAAAAAAGAAUUAGAGGAGAAGAAUGAUGUUAUCAACACUCUUCAACAAAAAAUAACUCAUCUUGAAUCCUUAAUGAAGUUUAAAGAUCAAAGAAUUGCAGAUCUUUCUGUACAAAUACCAAAACCUAUAGAACAUUCUAUAACAUCAAGACCUGAUAGAGACUGUUAUUAA